AUGUUGUACUCCGCAAAGAAACGAAAGGAGUUUAUAGAUCCUGCACCCACCUUGCCACGAGGCAGCUCAGUUGUUCGUCCUGGAAAGGAUGUCUGUGGUUUCUAUCCCGGGCAACUAGGGCAGGCCCACAAGGCACAUGCGUCUGGAAGAGCUCCAAGACCCUUCAGUAAACUGCAACCGGCUCCAGUAAACUACAAAGCUGAAACUCCAUUCCAACCCGACCCUGACAAUCCAGCUCUCAGGAAGUACGUGCAUUUUCAAAAAAUAAUGAAAGACACCACCAGCGACUGGUACAAUCACACUUCAUACAAAGCAGCGUUUGACUUGCCAUAUCUCAACGCAAAAAAGUGUUUGUGCACCAGUCCAAGAAUUCACUCUAGCAAAGCUUACAUGAAACUGGCAUUCAGGGACCAUAUAAUAAGCUUUACAGAUGCCAAGUUUAACCACCUGAAACUUAAAGAGAAAAAGUCUUCAUUCCAGGUCAUGAGAGUAAAUAUACACCAACAGAUCCUGGAUCACAUGUUAUCUGGACAAGUACUGGCUAUAGCUAUAUUGCUUAGAAAUCCUGCUGCAUCUGGGAAUAUGAAUUCCUCAACUGAGAACCAAGGGUACUUUGUACAGUGGAGUUACAACAGCAGAAUUGAAACAGGCCUUGAACAUGAAGCUCUCUCCUUGGCAGAAGUGAAACACAACUACAUAGAGUAA